AUGUGCCGUUGGUUCACACUCCUUUCGCUUCAAUACCUUGUUUAUCUGAUCUCGGCUUUCGGACAAGAGGAAAGGAACUCAUUAAUACGACCCAUCCAUCCGAGGCGACACAAAAGAACGGAACAAGUCCGUCGGCCAGUUGUACCAAGAGCUCCUUUUGUGAUGUGGAAAAAUGAUCUAAAAUGCAUGACAAUUCUGGAACGUCCGGGAAUGGCAUGUCCCAAGAAAAACGUGGACGACCCACUGGAAAAAACAGUAUGCAUUGAACCUUACCAACUAUGUGACGAUAUGCGAGACUGCCCGGGUGCCCAUGAUGAAGAACCACAUUUCUGCAUGUUCAAGAAGCUGGAAGAUGCAGAAUUGAGAAAGCUUGAGUCUGAAAUAAUCCUGAUUAUCCAAAACAAAGAAAAACAACGACCAGAAUUCAAGGAUGUCAUUGUCAAAAAUGAUGAUGCAACUGCCACAACAGUUCCAGCCACGCCUAGCACUAUUCAAGAACCAAUUCGGGAAGGAAUCUUCCGGUCUAGCGGUCUGGGUAAAGCAGAUAAGACACCUAGCUGGAUGCUUAAACAAAACGCACAAGAAGAUAUGAACAAAACUGUGGAGGAAAGUGAGGAAGAAGAAGAAGAAGAUGAGGAGGAAGAAAAUGAAGAACAAGAAGAAGAGGAAGAAGCUGAAACCAAGAAAAUUCAACAUCCAAGAAGGAGGACGACGAGGCAUCUGUUCGCGAUAAGGGCGAUACGUCUAUAA